UUUCAUUACUUCCGCCUCCAAAAGUCCAAUGUACUGAUACUCUUGCCCUCUCCGCGCCAAAGCCUUCCCGUUUGUUCGUUCUUCUUCUUCUUUUAUUUAUUUAUUUUUAUCUUCUACCGUCAUACAUACAUAUAGAGUGAGGGAGAGAAAGCGAGAGAGAGAGAUGGCGGUGGCGGCUCCUGGGCAGCUGAAUCUGGACGAAUCGCCGGUGUGGGGGUCGCGAAGCGUGGAUUGCUUCGAAAAAUUGGAGCAAAUCGGAGAAGGCACUUAUGGACAAGUAUUCAUGGCCAAAGAAAAAAGAACUGGAGAAAUAGUUGCUUUAAAAAAGAUCCGGAUGGACAAUGAAAAAGAAGGGUUUCCAAUAACUGCAAUUCGGGAGAUAAAAAUUCUAAAGAAGUUGCAGCAUGAAAAUGUCAUUAAGCUGAGAGAGAUAGUGACAUCUCAAGGCCCUGAAGGGGAUGAGCAAGGGAAGCUAGAUAACAAUAAGUACAAGGGUAGCAUUUAUAUGGUUUUUGAGUACAUGGACCAUGACUUGACUGGUCUUUCUGAUCGUCCUGGACUUAGAUUCACAAUUCCACAAAUUAAAUGUUACAUGAAGCAACUACUUACUGGUCUUCAUUACUGUCAUAUCAAUCAAGUUCUUCAUAGGGACAUCAAAGGUUCCAAUCUUCUCAUUGAUAAUGAGGGAAAUCUGAAGCUUGCUGAUUUUGGGCUAGCACGAUCAUUUUCUGGUGAUCAGAAUGCUCAUCUUACAAAUCGUGUUAUUACUCUUUGGUACAGGCCUCCAGAGUUGUUGCUUGGAGCUACAAAAUAUGGCCCAGCUGUUGACAUGUGGUCUGUUGGUUGUAUAUUUGCUGAGCUUUUAUUUGGGAAACCAGUUUUACCUGGGAAAAAUGAGCCUGAACAGUUGAGUAAAAUCUUUGAGCUUUGUGGAACCCCUGAUGAAAUUAACUGGCCUGGGGUUUCACAGGUUCCCUGGUACAACAAGUUCAAGCCAGCAAGGCCGGCAAAAAGACGAGUGAGAGAAGUAUUUAGACAUUUUGAUCGCCAUGCUUUGGAUCUACUGGACAAAAUGCUGACUCUUGAUCCUUCACUGAGGAUAUCUGCGAAGGAUGCACUUGAUGCUGAAUAUUUUUGGACUGACCCCUUACCUUGUGAUCCAAAAAGUCUACCAAAAUACGAGUCAUCGCAUGAGUACCAGACAAAGAAGAAACGACAACAGCAGCGGCAGAAUGAAGAAAUGGCAAAACGACAAAAGUUGCAGCAUCCACAUCAUAGCCGCCUUCCUCCCAUCCAACCAGGACAAGCUCACGCUCAACAUUGGGGUGGGGGACCUAAUCAUCCUAUGAAUAACAACUCCCAACCUGCACUUGCGACCGGAUCUAGUCAUCAUCAGUAUGGAAAGCCUAGGGGUCAUCCCGGAGGACAGGGCAGAUACCCUCCAGGAGGUAACAACCCCAGCAGUGGAUAUUACCAAGACCGGGGAGGACAAGGUGGAGGUUAUGGCAAUGCCCCAUAUCCACCCGGAAGUGGCGUGCCAAACAGCGGGCCUCGUGGAGUCGGCAGUGGAUAUGGAGUCCCUCCUAAUUACUCGCAAAGUGGUCAGUAUGGAGGCUCUGCCGGUGGUAGAGGCCCAAAUCAGAUGGGCAACAACAGAAACCAGCAGUACGGUUGGCAGCAAUAGAAGCGCACCCUUACUUGCACAUAACUAUUCAUCGGUAAGGAUUUUCCAACUGGAAAUGUAUAGACACGAUUCAUUAUUGGUCAAGAUUUGAUCAGGUUGUCAAUUGAAAUGCGCAUCCAUUUUUCAGAAUUAUAGCUUUUAGGAAUAACGAAUGUAUGUUACAGAAAGAGUCUCCAAUGAAUUCUUCACUUGAACAGUAAUCGAACUGGAUAUAUUAGCAGUGCAUAUAUCAUUUUCCUAUUCUCA